AUGGGAGUGUGGGACAAUGUGAAGGAUUUUCGAAAAUAUUCCAACCAAUAUUUGGCUGCUUUCACCGGCACACUGCUGAUGCUUUCGGUGGCAGCAUCAUACGGUUGGACUUCACCGACCCUUCCACUUUUGCUUGGGGAUGACUCACCGCUUCCCAUAACACCGGAUGAAAGCUCUUGGAUUGUGUCAAUCCUCGUCCUCACUUCGAUUGCCGGCCCAGUAGCGUCUGCCUGGCUGAUCGAUGGAUUUGGGCGCAAAAUUACGCUUCUGCUGGCCGUACUGCCCAGCAUCGUAGGCUGGAUUCUGAUCGGUGUCGGUGACUCUGUGACGGUUGUGUUCAUUUCCCGUGCGCUUAGUGGAAUUUCGUACGGUAUGGCAUACUCCUCCAUGCCACUCUAUCUCGGCGAAAUUGCGUCCGAUGGGAUACGCGGCUCAAUCGGCACCUUACUUACGGUAAUGGCUAAAUCAGGCAUACUUCUCGAGUACGUUAUUGGACCGUACGUGGAGUAUCGCACACUGGCCUGGAUAUCACUUUCGUUUCCGGCGACGUUCUUCGUACUGUUUCUCUGGCUACCGGAGUCACCCUACUAUCUGCUGGCAAAGCAACGUAACGAGCAGGCAGAGAAAAAUUUGCGCUGGCUAAGAAAGACGAGCGAUGUGCAGGAUGAGCUAAAAAUGAUGCAAGCUUCCGUGGAACGAUCGCAGCAAAAUCGUGGCACAUUUCGAGAUCUGUUCAAUCGAGGCAAUCGUCGCAGCUUGAUCAUUAUUCUCGGGCUUGGGGCGCUUCAGCAGUUGUGUGGCAGUCAAGCGGUAAUUGCCUACUCGCAGCAAAUCUUUGACCAGGUAAACAGUGGGCUGAAGGCACACGAAUCCUCCAUCAUUAUGGCCGUUAUUCAGCUUGUAACUGCGGCCCUUUCUUCAUCGAUCGUCGAUCGCGUCGGGCGCCGUCCAUUGUUGCUGAUCUCCACCAUAGGUUGUGCGGUUGGAACGUUCACCGUGGGACUGUACUUUUUCUUGCUCGACCAAGAAGUCGAUGUGGACGGGAUAGGCUGGAUUCCACUUGCUGUCAUCAUGAUAUACAUCGUAUUCUACACCGUCGGACUUGCGACGGUACCGUUCGCCAUCCUAGGCGAAAUAUUUCCCACCAACGUUAAGGCAGUGGCGGCCGCCAUUUAUACCAUGUUUGCAGGAUCGGUUGGAUUCGGUGUGUCCAAGCUGUAUCAGCUCAUUUCAGACGAGGCGGGAACGUACGUUUCGUUCUGGAUUUUUGCGGCCUGUUCUGCCGGGUUUGUAGUGUUUGUGUUUGCACUCGUACCCGAAACGAAAGGCAAACCGCUCGAUCAGAUACUGAUCGAAAUGCAUACCUCUACGAGCCGGAGUCUCAACUGUUGCUGUCGGUCGUCUGUCAAGCAGGACCUGCAGCAAACCGCCUAG